AUGCGUGGCUCUUCGCAGUCCCCGUUGCCGGCUGAGACCCGCGUUGGAGGGUUGUAUGCGUUGGGUCGAAAACUUGGCAGUGGAUCCUUUGGAGAGAUCUUCCUCGCUGUUAAUGUUCAGACAGGAGAAGAGGUCGCUGCGAAACUGGAGAGUGCGAAGUCGAAACAUCCUCAGCUUCUAUAUGAAGCCAAGCUCCUCAAGCAUCUACAGGGCGGUCCGGGAAUCGCCAAUGUACAUUACUGUGAUGUUGAAGGAGAAUACAACGUGUUGAUAAUGGAUGUGCUUGGGCCUAGCUUGGAGGAUUUAUUCAAUACUUGUAACAGAAAGUUUAGUCUGAAAACUGUCCUCAUGCUGGGCGAUCAAAUGUUGCACAGGAUCGAAUACCUCCAUUCGAAGAACUUCAUUCAUCGUGAUAUUAAGCCGGAUAACUUUUUGAUAGGACGGGGCAAGAAAGCAGGGACCGUCUUCUUGAUUGAUUUUGGAUUAGCGAAGAAGUACCGUGAUCCGAAAACCCAUCAGCAUAUCCCGUACAAAGAGAACAAGAAUCUCACGGGAACGGCGAGGUACGCCAGUAUAAAUGCUCAUCUGGGUAUCGAACAAUCAAGGAGAGACGAUUUGGAGGCAAUAGGAUAUGUCCUCAUGUACUUCAAUCGUGGCUCACUGCCGUGGCAAGGUAUAAAGGCAAAUACUAAGCAAGAGAAAUAUCACAAGAUCAUGGAAAAGAAAAUGUCUACUCCGGUUGAAGUGUUGACGAGAGGUUACCCUGCAGAGUUCGCGACAUAUCUGAACUAUUGCAGAGCAUUACGGUUUGAGGAUAGACCGGACUAUGCAUAUCUUCGGAGGUUGUUCAAGGAUUUGUUCAUGCGUGAAGGAUUCCAAAAUGAUGGAAUGUUCGACUGGGCACAGUUGAUCUACUCUGGGAACUCUCGAGGGAUGGCCCACGGGCAGAGGAUAAUUAACCAGGAUACCAUGGCUGAUAAGCGUCGUUCGGAUCAUCGAUUGGCACAACCGCGUACAAGAGAAGACGGCACUGGUAUGGCAUCGGCGGGGGAUACAGGGCAUCUUAAUACGGAUGGACGGCAAGCUGAUCGAAUCGCGUUGGACCGAACUACUGGCGGGAAUGCUCACAGUGGAGGUCGCCGGCAUAAGUCAAACUUCUUCGAGAAGUUGUUUGGUCCACUAUGUGGUCGAAAGAACCAGAGCGACUAGAUACGGCGAUUGGCCCCAUACUAUCAUUAUUUUCAUUGCCAUUCCACGAAAGCGGAAAUAGUAUAUUUCCAGCCGUAUCAAAGUUGCCGACGCCUCUGUCACCAAUAUGAGUGAAUCGACUACGACAGUCGUUGACUCGUCGUGGGUUCACUAUUCACUGUUUUCGUGCCACAUUUACGUGCGGGCUAGGAGUAGUUGUAGGAUAUAACCCGCUCCUCAUGAGUAAUUCUAGUAGUAAUCGUCUGCAAAUGGUCUAUAUGGCGUUGAUAUCGCUAUCGUGUGGACUCCUGCAUGGUCUGCCGCCCAUCGUCGGGUAUCUCCCUCAUCGUUACCAUUGUGAAGCUGCUGCGUAUCGUGCACUAUUGGCUUUGAAGAUAUGCAGGCUUAUAGUAUAGUAUGCCUAAUACUACUGCUUU